UAGAAGCCAUUACCUUAAAGAGGCGAUUGGAAUAAGACACAUGUGCGAAAAAAUGUUUAAGGCUUCCCCCCCUUGUAUGUGUCCGAACCCUUCUGUUCGCCGAAGCGUUAGGGAUCCACAAUGUGAACUUCUAGUCCUUUCGCCUUAGCUGGGGAGACUUCCGCUUCCUGGAUCCCAUCCUCAGUCUGGAUUCACAAUGUAGUCCAGACUGGAUUCUCAAAUUUGUAAUCUUCAUAUUUCAGCGUUCCUCUGUGCUGGGAUUAUAGAGACAAGGUUGAGAUCCAGUCUGAGAUCAGCAUUCUGCAAGGUUGCCUAUGGCUGCUGGAGGCAGGUGUUUCUGGGAGAAGCAAGGGAAGCAGGUUUGCAACUGGCCAUGGAGGUUUUCUGUGCCAGGGUACCAGUUGGAAUACUGGAAGAUCUUCCCCAAAGGCCACAGGUGGUAUUCUGAGCAUAUAUUGAAAAGGAGUGUGGAUAGUAAAUAUCCCUAUCUGGUUCCUUGCUUCAGUAGAAUUGCUUCAAGCUUUUCUCAGUUUAAGAUGAUGAGCCCCUUGCAAAAACAUUCUGCCUUUUAACUUCAUGAAUUAAUCUGACUUUGUGAACCUCAUCAUGUUGCCAACCCAUUAUCAAACAGCUUGUGGGUCAAGAGGAAAUGACAAGAAACAAAUUUCAGAGUUCUCCCUAAAUAAGAGAGACAGCCUUUGAAGCCCCAGUUGUCAGCUUCACGUACUCCUACAUUCAACUAAGGUUGCCUGUGCCCCCAAAGGAUGGCUACCCUUGGGCUGUCUCCCACAUUUGCUGUAUCAUCUCAUGGCUCUGCAGGUAGCCAGGAAUCAGAAUUUCUUCUUCCUACAAAAUGCCAUUCCUGUCAGCAGAAUUUGGGUUUGUUUGCUUGCCAUACUCCAGAGCCGAAUGUACCAACUCAUGUUUCUUCUCAGGAGUCUGUGACGUUCCAAGAUAUUGCUGUGGAUUUUACUGAGAAAGAGUGGCCGCUGCUGGAUUCUUCCCAGAGAAAACUAUACAAAGAUGUAAUGCUGGAAAAUUAUAGCAACCUAACUUCACUGGGGUAUCAGGUUGGCAAGCCCAGCCUCAUCUCACACCUGGAGCAAGAAGAGGAGGUGAGGAUGGAGGAGAGAGGCAUUCAGCUGGGUUCUUCUCCUGAUUCGGGAACUCCAUCUAAAGUGAAGUGGUCCAUUGUUAUGGAAGAUAUUUUGGGGAAGGAAGCAUCUACUGGAGUGACAGUGCAGGACAAAUCUCAUCUUUUGGAAAAGUCUUCUCAAUUCACCCAUCUGUUUGAAGUCUUCAGUAUCAGCUCUCACCUUACUCAGUCAGUAGGAAGACCCGCAAACAAGAGGCCCUAUCACCGCCACAGCUGUGGAGUUGCCUUCAAGAACAGGACUCACCUGACUCCGCACAUGAGCAUGUAUGACGGGAGAAAAAUGCAUGAAUGUCACCAGUGCCAGAAAGCCUUCACUACCAGUGCUUCUCUCACAAGGCAUCAUAGGAUUCACACUGGGGAGAAGCCUUAUGCGUGCAGCAACUGUGGCAAAGCCUUCAACGACCCCUCAGCUCUAAGGAGCCAUGCAAGAACUCACCUGAAAGAGAAACCCUUUGACUGUAGUCAGUGUGGUAACGCCUUCCGGACCCUCUCUGCUCUGAAGAUCCACAUGCGAGUUCACACUGGGGAAAGACCCUACAAAUGUGAGGAGUGUGGCAAAGCCUAUGGCAGGAGCUGCCACCUCAUAGCCCAUAAGCGGACACACACUGGAGAGAGGCCCUAUGAGUGUCAGGACUGUGGGAAAGCCUUCCAGCACCCCUCUCACCUGAAGGAGCACAUCCGGAACCAUACUGGGGAAAAGCCUUACGAGUGUACACAGUGUGGCAGAGCUUUCCGGUGGAAGUCCAACUUCAAUUUGCAUAAGAAGAACCACAUGGUGCAGAAAACCUAUGAGUGCAAAGAAUGUGGGAAGUCCUUCAGUGACCUCCUAUCAAAGAGGAAACACAUGAGGAUUCACGUGGUAAAGAAACCAGUUGAGUGUUGCCAGUGUGGGAAAACCUUCCGAAACCAGUCUAUCCUGAAGACACACAUGAACUCUCACACUGGGGAGAAACCUUAUGGCUGUGAUCUCUGUGAGAAAGCCUUCAGUGCAAGUUCCAACCUCACUGCACACAGAAAGAUACACACUCAAGAAAGAUGCUAUGAAUGCACUUCCUGUGGGAAGGUCUUUGGCGAUUACCUGUCACGAAGGAGACACAUGAGCAUCCACCUUGUCAAGAAGCGCGUGGAGUGUCGGCAGUGCGGAAAAGCCUUUAGGAACCAAUCCACCCUGAAGACACACAUGAGAAGCCACACAGGCGAGAAGCCAUAUGAGUGUGACCAUUGUGGAAAAGCCUUCAGCAUCGGUUCCAACCUUAAUGUACACCGGAGGAUUCAUACUGGGGAAAAGCCCUAUGAAUGCCUUGCUUGUGGAAAAGCCUUCAGUGACCAUUCGUCCCUUAGGAGUCAUGUGAAAACCCACCGGGGAGAAAAACCUUUUGUACCAUCCAUGUGGAAAAGGCUUCAGUGAGUACUCGGUUGCAAAGGAAACUUGGCAGGUUUAAGAAGUCACAAAUCUUUCAUUAAUUCUCCACACACAGAACACAAAAGAUCACAUGGAACUUUGGAAAAAUGCAGUUUGGGUAAAGAUUUAGAAGACUUGAGUUGGUAUUUAACCCAUGGGGGUCUCUAAGAAAACAGGGGAUGAGAAAAAUUUUGUAUUGAGUAUCAAGAAACGUUGAACAUACUUCAUGUUCUUAAACAUGCAAGAACUUAGGGAGAGACUCUUCAGCUUGGGCAGUUAGUAAUAAAAUCAACAAGAAUUUGUGGGCACUCCCAGAGUAAAUCUUUAUCAAUACGGUGAUUAGGGAAAUCUUUCCUCACGGGAGAAAUAAGAGUAAAAAGAAAACUCUGAGAAGUGAGGAACAGGGAAAAGUCAAUAAGAAGAGGUGAGCAAAGCGGUCAGCUAUUUAGUUGUUGGCUCACAAGCAAGGUGCUUGUUCUUUUAAAAGAGGAAACCCGUCUGACAGAUGCUUCCGACAUACAACUGUAAAAAUCUUUUUCAGGCAGCGUUGGUUCUCAACCUGGGGCAGUUUUGCUCUCCAGGGCAUUUGUCAGUGUCUGAACAGAUUUUUGGUUUUGAGAAUGGGGAGAGGGGUGCUACAGGUAUAUAGAAAGAUGACACUAGAAAUGUUACCAAAUAACCUACAAUACACAGAAAUCAUCCAUGUCAAAGAAUUAUUUGUACUAAUACAAUCAUGCUGACUUUGAGAAUAAUACUAUCCAUUCCUCGAUUAUUAUCAUCUCUAUGCGCACUCACAUUAGGAGAAAGUUUUUGCAGCUUUGUAACAGAAAAAAAAAUGCAAUUCCAUUUUUUUCUGAAAAUGUGUGAGAAUAUCCACAGCUGAUGAGCAUCAGUGAAAAUGCUUAUAACCACAGUCUCCCUGUGUAUGAAUGUCGGGUUCUAUGUGCAAGUCUUUCUUAAUAACAGCAGACACAAGCUCUUUAGUUUUCUUGAUCUCUUUAUUCUUUAGGGUUAUGGUCCUCUGAAUAACUGUUAGGGCCCAUUACAAAUGAUCUGUAUAUAGUAUUUUUUACAAUACCUUUGCUCCUAUCUUAAUUUCCCUUUGGGAAACUUCACCUGACCAAUGAUGUAUUUAGAAUUGUGUGAUGCUAUGCACUGGGUAAUGUGGGUAUUUUUGAUACCUAUGUCAAAUGCAUUGUGGUCAAAGCAUGAAGCUUUGUAGUGUAGAUCCUUUGGUUGCUUGUGGCUUUCUGUCCAAAAGAAUAACAAAGACUUCUAGUUGCUUCCCCAGUACCCAUUUUGAACUCCUAUAGCAGAAGAAUCAUGGUUUUAUUUGAUUAGUAAAUGUUGCUACUUUAAGAAAUCUUUUGCAUUUUUUCAUGCAACUAGUAUUCUCUACAUCCUAUGACCCUGGACAUUGAUUAUUAAACAGGGGUCUUUGAGUGAUUUUUCUGACAAAAAACUUUUGAAAAAAAAUUUUUUAAUUCGUUGUGUGACCCUGAAUAUGAAGACCACAGUCUAAAGAAGACACUAGAGAAGUCACAGUAACCCCAUCUGUACUGUGACUACUGAAAGAGUUUACAUUGGUGCUUGAUUGAUUAUAUCUAUACUUUGUAUUACCUGAGAAAACAAUAAAGUUGAUUAUAAGUUUA